UUAACUACGAUUUAAAUCUUUAUAAAUAAUGCUCUUCUGCAAAUCCAUGUUAGUAUUAAGGAACAAAAUAAAAAAAAACACUUCCUCUCAUUAAGGCAAUGAGAGUUAACCAAUCCUAAUAUCCAGUGUUAUGUUCAUAACAACAUUCGCAGAUCGGUCUUGCAUGGUGCUAUUUACAUUUUAAACGUAUAGGACAUGCACUGUAUUCAAUAACAAUAAUUAAAAUAUUUAAUAAAUAAUUCAUUAUAAUAAUAAUAAUAAUAUUUAUCACAAUAUUAAAAAUUAUGAUAAAAAUAUAAAUACAUACUGCGUACAUACAAAACUACCAUAAGUCUUUCUAGCUACAACGCUAUACCGACAAUAACAAUUGCAUGUAUGUGUGUGUGUGUGUGUGUCUGUGUGUGUGUCUGUGUAUGAGAGUUUAUGAAUAAAAAUUAUAGUUUAAAAAUUCUAAUGAAUGAAAAAACAAGAUUGAAUAUAUACAUGUAGAACUUCAAACAUGCGUUGUAUGUUUUAUUACCCUAUGUUGUAUGUAUUAUCAAUAAAUUGAAGUGGAAGAUAAGCUAAAACAUAAUAGGACUGAAUAAUUUGCAAUAGCGCAAGUCAUGGAAGAUGAAACAACUUCGAGAAGAGUCGAUGGAGCCGAUGGAGAAGAUAGACUUAAUGGUGGCAAUGGCAGAAGAGGCAGGAAGAUUUUGUUCCUGGUGAUGGCGGGCAGUGGAAUGAUUGGAGCGGUCGUCUGCACCACUCUGGUGGCUUCCGUCUUGGCUGCAGCAGACUUCACAGCUUGUGAACGACGUGAUGCUACUUCGGAAUAUGAAAAAAUAUAUUCUGAUCCUACAAGAAUUGAAAUAAAUGGACGCCUCAUUUUCCUGUGGACAUCUUUUGUACCAGCAUCGGCGAAAUGUGUUACUAAUGAUUACACUACGUUUUUCAUGUUUAAAUCAGCACAAUCGCAACAGUUGAUCAGAUUUAGCCUGAGUAUGGAAAAUGUGGCUGACUAUUGUUCCUUUGCAUCUUCUACUACUAACGGUUUAACUUACUCUAAAGAUCCGGCUGUUCCUCUCUAUAACAACCAGAGCAUACCGGAAGAUGCUAUCAGUGGCGGAAACUACACGUUUAAUUCGAUCGCAUUUGCAUUCAACCCUUCCAACAAUCAGACGAAUACUACCUUUGAUUUCAUUAAAAUCGAAGUUGCAUAUAGAUACGUGAUCAUGAAGAGACAUCAUCCAAGUGGAGCACAAAAACGAAAAAUUUUGAAAAGUAGAAGGGAAUAA